AUGGACGACGGUGGCAGCAACAAGCAGCGCCAAGCCACGCGGGUCUUCAAGAAGAGCUCGCCCAAUGGAAAGAUCACAGUUUAUUUAGGAAAAAGGGACUUUGUAGAUCACAUCACACAUGUAGACCCGAUUGAUGGGGUGGUGCUCAUCGACCCUGAGUACGUGAAGGACCGGAAGGUGUUCGGGCACGUGCUGGCGGCUUUCCGCUACGGGCGCGAGGACCUCGAUGUGCUUGGUCUCACCUUCCGCAAGGACCUCUACCUCGCCGCGGAACAAAUUUACCCGGCGACGUCGACCGCGAAACGGCCGCUAACCCGGCUGCAGGAGCGACUGGUGCGCAAGCUGGGCCCGGCGGCGCACCCGUUCUACUUCGAGCUGCCGCCGCACUGCCCCGCCUCCGUCACGCUGCAGCCGGCGCCUGGCGAUACCGGCAAGCCGUGCGGCGUCGACUACGAGCUCAAGGCGUUCGUUGCGGACUCGCAGGACGACAAGCCGCAUAAGAGGAAUUCAGUUCGGUUAGCGAUCAGGAAGAUAAUGUAUGCGCCGAGUAAGCAGGGCGAGCAGCCGUCUGUCGAGGUGUCCAAAGAAUUUAUGAUGAGCCCCAACAAAUUGUACCUGGAGGCAUCGCUGGAUAAGGAGCUGUACCACCACGGCGAGAACAUCGCGGUGAACGUGCACAUAGCGAACAACUCUAAUCGAUCUGUGAAGCGCAUCAAGGUGUCAGUGCGUCAGUUCGCCGAUAUCUGCCUCUUCUCCACCGCGCAGUACAAGUGCACCGUUGCCGAGGCCGAGUCAGAGGAGGGGUGUCCCGUGGGACCGGGCUUCACGCUGAGCAAGGUGUUCACGCUGACGCCGCUGCUGGCCAACAACAAGGACAAGUGGGGGCUCGCGCUUGACGGCCAGCUCAAGCACGAGGACACAAACCUCGCAUCUAGCACUCUAAUUGCGGAUCCAUCGCAACGGGAGAACCUAGGUAUCAUAGUACAAUACAAAGUGAAAGUCAAAUUGUGCCUCGGCCCACUUGGCGGAGACUUAAGUGCAGAGCUGCCGUUCAUCUUGAUGCAUCCGAAGCCGGAGGAGGAAACGGCGCGCGCCGCGCCCGAGCCCGCGCCGCACCACGACCACGACCUCAUACAGCUGGACCCGCACCCAGAUGAAAACGGCCAGGAGCAAGACGACGAUAUAAUUUUUGAAGAUUUCGCUCGAUUGCGACUAAAGGGAGCCGACUCGGAAGCAUGA